UAAUACUUCACAAAGUCUGUCUUUUAUUUGUUUUAGGAAGCAGAAUUAUUUUGUAAUUAUCUGUGACACCCAAAGGACCAAAACUAAAAUCAGAUGGCAAGGACUCUUUCGUAAGUUUUGGGGAAAGCAGCGGGAGAUAAAUGCAGUAAUUAUCCUACAUGGGUCAUGGGAUGUUUACUCUAACUGUUUUCCCUUUUGGAUACACAACAGCAGCUUUAAAGGCUUCCUGUCUAUGACUCAUGCCCUUCUUUCCUCAGACUCAUAAAAGUUUAUUUGGGCAGUGGUGGCGGUGAAAUCCGCCAAUGCAAAUCUCGAGCUCUGUUACUUGAGAGCAGUUCAAGCAAGAGACAUCUGUUGACAAACAGGACACCUUGUGACUAUUUGUCAUGGCAUGACAAACCGUCAUGAGAUUUUCUGCUUACAGUUUUUCCCUAGUUAUGACGGGGAUACAAUAUACCUGUGGUAGAAGGGGUUUUGCUCUUAUGAGCAAAACUAAUGUUCUACAUCACCCUGAACACAUCAGCCGUAUGCUGACAUAUGUUGGUGGCAGCUUCAUGCUGUGGCCAUACCUUUCUUCAGCAUAGUCUAGGAAGGACGUCAUAGUUGACUGAAGGAUGGAUAGAGUUAAAUUCAGAAUAAUACGGCAGUAAAGCCAGUUAGAAUGUGCUCUCUUCUCUUCUCAGACCGAGUUAGCUUUAAGGUAUAAUCAGAUUCCAACAGUCUGACACAGUAUUUUGUAUCUUAUCUCCUUUGGCUGAAGAGGAAUUACUGAUGACUCUUGUGGCUUUAGAAUAAAUAAUUAUCUAAAAAUUCUGUCUCAACCCAUCCGCCUGCAGUGAUGGUGGAUUCCAGCCAACCAAGGUGAAUCAAUAUUUAACUAUUAACGCCUGAAGACUUGUGGUUCCUCUCGGCCACCUCUAAAAAAAAUCAUAAUGUUACGUUCGCUCUUUUCAAUUUUAAGUGCAAUUCGCUGAAUGGGUGUGUGCCUUCUAGAAGAUUGCUGUAGUACAAAGCAGGCCACUUGCCUGGCGUGGUGCAGCGGGAUCUGAUUUAUGAGAGUGCAGGGGGAGAUUUUGGCUGCAGAAGUGCUGCGUCAUCAUUACAGAGCACCGCUGGGGAGACUGUGGAGCAUCCCAAAGCAGGUGUGGAAGCUCCCCCCUCCCUACUGCUGCAGAGGGUUGUUGUGAAAGUGCUUGGCAGCUCACAGUGCGGAAAAACGUGCAUUAACAAGCAGACUUUGCGUAUGCUAACCUCAGCAUGACGCAGCAUAUAUCCAGCUGGGACCUGGAAGAGAUCCAAUUAGCCCACUUUGUGUUACAUGAUGUCAUAGCUGUGCUGGGAAGAUGUUUCGUAGAUCUAGGUCGUGUUUGUUUCAAGUAAUGAACGCUUGAUGAGGCAUUCCCAGCUUCUGGCUGCUAGGCAACGGGAAGGAUUUCCUAAUAUGGUGAGGCAGCCAGGUUGUCCUGCAUGGAGGGGCGUGUCGUCAGAGCGCGGAUCUUCCUGCUUUUUCCACCCUCCUCGUCCUUCUCCCGUUUCCAUUUGGUCUACGGCUUAUUCGAAGGUAUGCUGGAGAAACUUGAACUAGACGAUGAUGCUGCUGAACCCGAGAGUGAUAUUUACAUGCGCUUUAUGAAAUCCCACAAGUGCUACGACAUCGUCCCCACAAGCUCCAAGCUGGUCGUGUUUGACACAGCGCUUCAAGUUAAGAAGGCAUUCUUUGCCUUGGUGGCUAACGGUGUGCGAGCUGCUCCUUUAUGGGACACAGAGAAGCAAAGCUUUGUGGGAAUGCUGACAAUCACAGAUUUCAUCAUCAUAUUGCACAGAUACUAUAAGUCACCAUUGGUGCAAAUUUAUGAGUUAGAGGAACACAAGCUUGAAACAUGGAGAGAGGUUUAUCUUCAAGCAACGUUUAAACCUCUUGUGAACAUAUCACCAGAUGCAAGUCUGUUUGAUGCAGUGUACACCCUCAUCAAAAAUAAAAUUCACCGCCUGCCUGUCAUCGACCCUGUUACGGGGAAUGCACUUUAUAUUCUCACACACAAGAGGAUCCUAAAGUUCCUCCAACUGUUUGUGUGUGAAAUGCCAAAGCCAGCGUUCAUGAAGCAGACUCUAGGUGAGCUCGGCAUCGGGACGUACCAUGAAAUCGCUUUCAUCCACCCAGACACGCCUAUCAUUAAAGCCCUCAACAUCUUCGUGGAGAGACGGGUGUCUGCUCUGCCUGUGGUGGAUGACACGGGCAAAGUUGUGGAUAUUUAUUCCAAGUUUGAUGUGAUUAAUUUGGCCGCAGAAAAGACGUACAAUAACUUGGACAUCACAGUGACGCAGGCUCUGAAACAUCGCUCGCAGUACUUCGAAGGAGUUGUUAAGUGCCACAAAAUGGAAACAAUGGAGACCAUUGUGGACAGGAUAGUCAAAGCAGAAGUUCAUCGGCUGGUGGUGGUUGAUGAGCGUUCCAGUAUUGAGGGCAUCGUUUCCCUUUCAGACAUCCUCCAGGCACUGGUGCUCAGCCCAGCAGAUGCCUGUAAGGAGGAGACUCUUACUGAAUGAGUUUGUGGUGCAUCAGCUUUUGUAAUGGAAGUGAGUGAACUUACAGUUUACGGUUGGUCGUGUGCAGCCGGUGUGGAAGUCCUGGAGACCGUCACCAUCAGCGGGACUGUAGCGGCUCUGGAAGGCCUGAUGCAGCUGAGUGAAGUGGAUUAUUUUAUUUUUUUAUUUUUUUUGCACUGAGGAAUGAGUUUUCUUUUUUCUUCCAGUUUGUUUAAACACUGAUCAGAUGCAUUAAAGAUAUAUUAUAAAGUAUAUGCAAACACAUGCAGAUGAUUACCGUAUGGGGAAGUGGAGGAUGUUUUCUGAUGGAUCUGGGCUUUAACUAGUUACUGUCACACAGCUCUCAUCAGAUUUAAAGUCACAUUUCUUACUUCAGUAUCUGUAAAGCAACUCGUUUCAGCUGUAAAGCUCUAUCUCUACCCACAGAGAUUGGACGACGGCUGUCAAUAGGAGAAUAAUAGCCAGGGCCAACAUAACAUCGCUCAGUGCCCAAUUAUUCGUGCCUUUUUGCGUCCCUCGUACCUCACUUCACUGUGGUCCUUUUGAGUUUACGGUUUCAAAUGAAAGCUGUAAUUUCAGCAUGUUGCUGCAAUAAAGAAAAACACAGCUGACAUUUUCCACCCUGCGCUCCAGAGGCUGCCUUUCAUUUAGUUGGGUUAUUAAAAAACUUGUUCAAAUGAAAGGAUUUCUGGAAGAUCAGACAAGAAGAGAAAGCAUAACAUUUUUGGAGCAUUGGUUUGGUUUCUCGCUGUCGGCAUGACUUCAGAGUGCUUUUUUUUUCUUUUUUUUUUGUAAUGGAAAUACAAGAUUAAAAAUGGAUUUUUAGGGGUUUAAAGACAUUUUUACAGUGUAUCCCCCAGUUGUUUGGAGGCUUCGCACAAACAUGUGGAGCUGCUGGUGUGUUUCAUCUGGAUUUUAACAGGACUCAUCUCCAUCUUCUGUAAAUGAGAUUGUUCUCAGAAACCAUGUCACAGAAAGCUUUAUUUUUAUGAAUGUGUUAACAAGUCGAAAGAUACUUCAGUUUUAAUGUUAUUUUUGUAAAUAUAUUGUGGCAAUAUGUCUAAUUCAGAGAAACUUUGUAUUGAAUCAACAUGUACUGUAAAUGUGCAAAGCAUGACGAACUACACUUCAGCAGAAUGAAUGUUCUUUGUUUUACUUUUUCUAUUUUUCUGGCUGCAGAAAAAUAAACAGACACUGAAUGUACUCUAAA